AUGGUAAAAGAAAAAAAGGAAAAACAGGAAAAACAAGAGGAAAGGAGAAAACGAAGUGCGAUGAAUGAUGUAGUCACUAGAGAUCACACUAUUCACCUACAUAAAUACAUUCAUGGACGGAGUUUCAAAAAACGGGCCCCGCAGGCCAUUAAAGCCAUCAAGGCUUUUGCCAAGAAACACAUGGGAACUAGUGAUGUUCGUCUUGAUCCGCAAUUAAACAAAGAAGUUUGGAAGCAAGGAGUGAGAAAUGUUCCUCGUCGAGUACGAUUGAGAUUGUCUCGUCGGCGCAAUGAUGCAGAAGAUGCCAAGGAGAAGCUGUACACUUAUGUUACUGCUGUUCCCGUCACUACGUUUAAAAGUCUUCAAACAACUACUGUUGAGGAGUAA